AUGGCUGGGCCCGGUGCACAGCGGUGGACGCCCCCAGAGCCCGGCCCCUUCCCUGUCCCCAGACGGCGCGGAGCACUGCAGGCCGGCAGACCCACCGCUGUGCCCACGGACCCGCCGCCGUGCCCACGGACCAGACCCACUGUUGUGCCCACGGACCCGCCGCCGUGCCCACGGACCAGACCCACUGUUGUGCCCACGGACCCGCCGCCGUGCCCACGGACCCGCCGCUGUGCCCACGGACCAGACCCACUGUUGUGCCCACGGACCCGCCGCUGUGCCCACGGACCAGACCCACUGUUGUGCCCACAGACCCACCGCUGUGCCCACGGACCCGCCGCCGUGCCCACGGACCCGCCGCCGUGCCCACGGACCAGACCCACUGUUGUGCCCACAGACCCACCGCUGUGCCCACAGACCCACCACCGUGCCCACAGACCCGCCGCCAUGCCCACGGACCCGCCGCCGUGCCCACAGACCAGACCCACCACCGUGCCCAUGGACCCGCCGCCGUGCCCACGGACCCACCGCUGUGCCCACAGACCAGACCCACUGUUGUGCCCACAGACCCGCCACCAUGCCCACGGACCCACCGCUGUGCCCACAGACCAGACCCACUGUUGUGCCCACAGACCCACCACCGUGCCCACGGACCCGCCGCCGUGCCCACAGACCAGACCCACUGUUGUGCCCACGGACCCGCCGCCGUGCCCACGGACCCGCCGCCGUGCCCACGGACCCACUGCUGUGCCCACAGACCAGACCCACUGUUGUGCCCACGGACCCGCCGCCGUGCCCACGGACUCGCCGCCGUGCCCACAGACCAGACCCACUGUUGUGCCCACAGACCCACCACCGUGCCCACAGACCAGACCCACCACCGUGCCCACGGACCCGCCGCCGUGCCCACAGACCAGACCCACUGUUGUGCCCACAGACCCACCACCGUGCCCACAGACCCGCCGCCAUGCCCACGGACCCGCCGCCGUGCCCACAGACCAGACCCACCACCGUGCCCACGGACCCGCCGCCGUGCCCACGGACCCACCGCUGUGCCCACAGACCAGACCCACUGUUGUGCCCACAGACCCGCCGCCGUGCCCACGGACCCGCCGCCGUGCCCACAGACCAGACCCACUGUUGUGCCCACAGACCCGCCGCCGUGCCCACAGACCAGACCCACUGUUGUGCCCACAGACCCGCCGCCAUGCCCACAGACCAGACCCACUGUUGUGCCCACAGACCCGCCGCCGUGCCCACGGACCCGCCGCUGUGCCCACAGACCAGACCCACCACUGUGGCCACGGACCCGCCGCCGUGCCCACGGACCCACCGCUGUGCCCACAGACCAGACCCACUGUUGUGCCCACAGACCCGCCGCCGUGCCCACGGACCCGCCGCCGUGCCCACAGACCAGACCCACUGUUGUGCCCACAGACCCACCGCCGUGCCCAUGGACCCGCCGCUGUGCCCACAGACCAGACCCACCACCGUGCCCACGGACCCGCCGCCGUGCCUACGGACCCACCGCUGUGCCCACAGACCAGACCCACUGUUGUGCCCACAGACCCACCACCGUGCCCACAGACCCGCCGCCGUGCCCACGGACCCGCCGCCGUGCCCACAGACCCGCCACCGUGCCCACAGACCGGACCCACCACCGUGCCCACGGACCUGCCGCCGUGCCCACGGACCCACCGCUGUGCCCACAGACCAGACCCACUGUUGUGCCCACAGACCCACCACUGUUCCCACAGACCCGCCACCAUGCCCAUGGACCUGCCGCUGUGCCCACAGACCAGACCCACUGUUGUGCCCAUGGGCCCGCCGCUGUGCCCACAGACCAGACCCACUGUUGUGCCCACAGACCCACCGCUGUGCCCACAGACCCACUGUUGUGCCCACAGACCCACCGCUGUGCCCACGGACCCUCCGCUGUGCCCAUAG